AUGGCGCCGCCCGCUACCAAACGCAGAAAGCUCGAGCAGUCCGAGGAUGAGAGUGAGGGAAGCUUCGCUGGAUUUGACAGUGCAGAUUCGGACAUUGGCGACGAGGCACAUGGCGAAGACAGCGACGUUUCCAUGGAGGGGCCAGCAGGCGGCGAGGGCGUGAGCGUGAGCGUGAGCGUGAGCGACGACGAGGAUGCAGAGGAGAGCGUUGCGCAGAAGAACAAGAAAUCCACACCGGCUGCGUCUGCCACUCCAGCCCAGAAAGCGCCGAAGAGGCCUGCUGCGACUCUGCAAGAUGGCGUCUACACAUCCGAAUCGUUCAAGUCGAACAUGUUCAAGCUCCAAGUCGACGAGUUGCUGGAGCAGGUCAAGCCCAAGUACGGAAAGAAGGAGGCCCCGGCCGAGAACGCCAUGCGCACUUUGAAGACAAUCAUCGAACAGAUACCGAACCGAGACGCUUUGCCAAUUUUAGAAGCAGAAAAGGCUUUGAAAUCCGCCGGCAUCGCUGUGCCAUUCCCCAGCCCUCGCCCACCCAAGGAUGCAAAGUACAAGCUGCAGUACGAGCGACCGUCGAGCAUCAACGCAACCGGCAGCUAUCCCCUCAAAACUGCGACAAAGUCCGACGAGGGCAUAGCAAUCGACCUUGUGGUUACCAUGCCCGAGUCCCUUUUCCAGGAAAAAGACUACCUAAACCACCGGUACUUCUAUAAACGCGCAUACUACCUGGCCUGCCUGGCUGCUGGCAUCAAGGGUGCGAAGAAGCACAAGUUCGAGCUAUCCUUCGAGAGUUGGCAUGGAAACCAGCUUCAGCCUAUCAUCGUCAUACGACCAAGCGCCGACGGCGAUGCAGACGACUUCUCCAGCUCCAAAGCUAGGAUCAACAUCAUUCCCGCUCUGCCAGAGAACACAUUUGCGCCGAACAAGCUGUUGCCAAACUCGAACGCCGUGCGGCCCAAGGGUAGCGAGGAGGAGGCUACCAGCAAGACACUACCGCCGACGCCGUUCUACAACAGCGCGUUGCAGUCGGAUGCGAAUAUUACUGCCUACCUCAAGCUGCUGUAUGCAACUGCUACCAAAGCGGAUGCAUUCAAGGACGCGUGUAUUCUCGGUCGCAUAUGGCUCAAGCAGCGUGGCUUUGGAAGCCAGCUGCGAAAAGGCGGCUUUGGCAACUUCGAGUGGGCGGCCCUUGUGGCUCUUCUGCUGCAGCCAAACCAAACGACUGGCGCGCAACCGUUGUCACCUGGCUACAGUAGCUACCAGCUGUUCAAGGCCACUCUUCAAUUCCUCGCCCGUCAUGACCUGAGCAAGAAGGCUGUCGUUUUGCAGGCGCACAACAUCACCAUCCCAAAGGGCAACACCACGCCGGUCUUUUAUGAUGGUCCUCGAGGCCAGAACAUCCUGUUCAAGAUGACACAGUGGUCGUACGCAUGCCUUCGCCAGGAAGCAAAAGCAACCGUGGACAUGCUGAGUGACACUGUCUUCGAUCAGUUCGACUCGACGUUCAUCCUGAAGACCGAGCUCCUGAAGCUCAAGUACGAUGCCAACCUCGAGAUCCCUCUUUCAGCACUCAGUCUGGACCCAGCGAGCGACGAGUACUACGAGCAGAUCGGCGAUGUCUGCCGUAAGCUGUACAUUACUUUGACUCGUGCACUCACCGAUAGAGUCACAUCGAUAUCUUUCAUGAUGCCGGAAGAAGAUGAUUGGUCCAUUGCUGUACGACGGCCUCAAGAGAAGCAGCGCAAGAGCAUUCUCGUCAACUUUGCGACCGACCCAGCGAAUGCAAACCGGACUGUUGACCAUGGGCCGGCGGCCGAGAACAAGCAAGAGGCGGCUGCUUUCCGCAAGUUCUGGGGCGAAAAGUCCGAGCUCAGGCGCUUCAAAGAUGGAAGUAUCACUGAGAGUGUGGUUUGGUCUCUGAAAGAAGCAUCGGCAUCCGUUAUUGAGCAGAUUGUGUGCUACAUUCUCCAGCAGCACAAGAUCGUACAAGCAACGGAUGAGCUCAGAUUCACUGGAGAUGAUUUCGCUCAUCUCGUCAGUGCUGGCUGCAUUCAGGGAGCAUCAGGUGUAGCGCCCUUCCUUUCGAUCAUGAACGCUUUCGCCACAAUGGAGAAGGACAUCCGUGCCCUGGAGGAUUUGCCGUUGCAACUUCGCUCGAUCAGGGCUGCGGAUGCACAACUACGCUACGCGUCUGUGGAGCCACCCGCCGCCGGACAUGUGCCUGCCUCAGUCGUGCUUCAGUUCGAAGGCUCUGGGCGCUGGCCUGACGAUCUUUGUGCUAUCCAACGGACCAAGAUUGCUUUCCUGCUACGUAUCGCAGACCUCCUGACCGAGACAGAAUCUGAGUACGUUUCUCGUGUUGGUCUUGAAAACCCAUCACAGCCGGCGCAGAAUCAAGCGUUCCUGGACGUUACGUCUGCUGCAGGCUUCACCUUCCGCAUUCGCAUCUACCACGAUCGUGAGGUCACUCUGUUCGAGCGCCAACUCAAGGAUAAGACCCUUGAUGCUCCAUCCCGUGAGUCAGCAGCUGCGUCGCUCGCACUCUAUAAGCGCGAAUUCGUCCAGUCGCCGCUACACUCGCAGGUCCUACAGACACUCUGCACCCGUUUCCCUGCUCUCUCACCAUCAAUCAGGCUGACAAAACUGUGGUUUGCUUCACAUCUUCUUGCUCCCCACUUCUCCGCCGAACUUAUCGAACUCCUCGUUAUCCGCACAUUCCUCCAACCCUACCCAUGGCCUGUUCCAGCAACAUCAACAACAGGCUUCCUUCGCACGCUCUCCUGGCUCGGCCGCUGGGACUGGCGCCACGAGCCACUCAUUGUCGACUUCAGCUCCACCUUCUCCGCCAAUCCGGCCGAUCUCGAAGAUGCUACACAGCAAAAGGGCAUGAAACCGAGCGACCUCGAGCGCCUGCAGACCCGGUUCGAGGCCUGGCGAAGAAUCGAUCCGGCGAUGAACCGCGUCGUGCUCUUCGCAGCCACAAACCUCGACGAAGAGGGCACGACAUGGACAGACAAAGCCCAGCCCGAAAAAGUGGUUGCCGCACGCCUCACCGCCCUAGCGAAGGCCGCCUCCCAGGCCGUACGAGCAGACGAAGACCGCCUGCUAUCCCACAUCAACAGCGGCAAAGAUGACAGCCCGCCCGAACUAAGCCCGGAAUCUCUCUUCACAGCCUCAACAGCAGACUACGACAUCACCAUCACCCUAGCCUCCAAGCACACCCCCUCGCACUCCAAGAAGCGCAAAUCCAGCUCAGCCCACCAGUUCAAGAACCUCGAAAUCCAACACGCCACGCGCAUCCAACCCGCCACCCCACCGCUCCCCUCCCUCUUCGCCCAAGACCUGCUUGCCAUCUACGGCGACAGCGUCCUCUGGUUCUGGGACCCAGAGACGCUGGACAGCAUCGUCGGGCUGUGGAACCCCCUCGUCACGGGCCAGCGCAGCUGGAAGGUUAAACCCGGGUGGAACAGUGUGCCUGUCAAAGUCAGGGUUAGCGAGGCGGACAAGGACAAGGGGAGGAAUGUCGAGAUUCGCGUUAAUAAGGAGGCGGUCGUGAAUGAGAUCCUGAGGUUGGGUGGGGAGCUUAUUAAGAGUGUUGAAGUGAAGGGUUGA